AUGGCGGAAAGUUCAAGCGACGAAUCCAAGGUUAGCAGAUCAAUAGAGGGAAUAUCAAAAGGAGUUGCUUCUAUGUUGUCCCCUUCUUCUAGAACAGAUAACAAUUGUGGACGAGAACCUUCUGAACUAUAUGGAAUGCAUGAGUGGACGAUAACCAUGUUUUCACUAAUUAACAAGAGAGAACUUCGUAGUAACACUUUUGAGAUUGGCGGAUACAAAUGGUACCUCCUCAUCUUCCCAAAAGGGUGUGAUGUAUCUGAUCAUUUAUCAAUAUUUCUUUGUGUUGAUAACCAUGAAAAGCUUCCUAGAGAAUGGUGUCAUUUUGCACAAUUCACAAUAGCUUUGGUGAAUAAAGACCCCAAGAAAUCAAAAUAUUCUGGUUCUUUUUUCAUCUUUUGUUGUUGUUAUCACUUAUCAAUCACCACUAUAAUAUUGUGA